CUCUGGGCUUGACUGCUACUCUCUAGCCAGUCUAAAAUGGACUCUCUAGCAACCAUGACGCUCAACAACAACACCAGAAUAAACCCUACUGUUUAUCAACAACAGUUUCUAUUGAGGAAUUGAAGGCCGUACUUUUGGGAACUUGAAGGGAUAUCCUCUUCACAAUGUUCACAGAUGAACAGAACACAAAAAGGCCCAUCUAACCACCAUCAUGUCCAGCAAACGUGCAAAGGGGAAGACCACCAAGAAGCGCCCCCAGAGGGCCACGUCCAACGUGUUCGCCAUGUUCGACCAGUCUCAGAUCCAGGAGUUCAAGGAGGCCUUCAACAUGAUCGACCAGAACCGUGACGGCUUCAUCGACAAGGAGGAUCUUCAUGACAUGCUGGCCUCACUGGGUAAGAACCCGUCGGAUGAGUACCUGGAGGGGAUGAUGGCUGAGGCGCCAGGGCCCAUCAAUUUCACCAUGUUCCUCACCAUGUUCGGAGAGCGCCUCAACGGCACCGACCCGGAGGACGUCAUCCGCAACGCCUUCGCCUGCUUCGACGAGGAGGGCUCUGGAGUGAUCCACGAGGACCACCUGCGAGAGCUACUGACCACAAUGGGCGACCGCUUCACUGACGAGGAAGUGGAUGAGCUGUUCCGUGAGGCGCCCAUCGACAAGAAGGGCAACUUCAACUACGCAGAAUUCACCCGCAUCCUCAAACACGGUGCUAAGGACAAGGAUGACAUCUAGAGAGACUGACGACUGCUUCGCGGCUCGCACACACAGUGCUUUUUAGAUGGAAUGGACUUAUUUUAUAGUCAAUGGUGAUUAUCCAUUGAAGAGGAGUGUGUCUCAGCUAAAUGCAUCUCAAUAAGUCUGUAGUGGCUUCCUCUCUGUAUCCUUUCUGAAAUUCCCAGUGAUUUGAAUAUUGCUUUACUCCUAUCCAGUCCAGGAAAGGUGACAAGGUGAGAGGAAGCAAUAUUACUCUUGAGAUGUACUGAAUGCCUGUGUGUGCGUGCCCCCUCCCUCCCCUCCCUCCCUCC